UCCAGUACGUACCUCGAGUGAUUGGACUGGUAAAACACACACACACACGCAGAGAUAUGUCUGAUAUCUGGAGCGUUGUGCGAUGGUGGGACGAUUGGCAGCUGCGCAUCCUGGUGCUGGGCAGCCUGGGCCUCCAGUGGUUCCUCCUGCUGGCCGCGCCCAUGCGCAAGUACACCAUCCCGCGCGUCUUCAGGACGUGCAUCUGGCUGGCCUACAUCUCCAGCGACGCGCUGGCCAUCUACGCGCUCGCCACCCUCUUCAACCGCCACGCCAGGGGCAGCAACUGCGGCGGCGUCGAGCAGUCGGGCGUCCUCGAGGUCCUCUGGGCCCCUGUCCUCCUCAUCCACCUCGGCGGCCAGCAGGAGAUGACCGGCUACGAGAUCGAGGACAACGAGCUGUGGACGAGGCACACCGUGACCCUGGUGUCCCAGGUCGCGGUCGCCCUCUACGCCUUCUGCAAGUCGUGGCGCAGCUCCAGUGACUGGAAGCUACUGGCGGCGGCGGUCCUUCUCUUCGUCGUCGGGGUCCUCAGCUUCAGCGAGAAGCCGUUGGCCCUCAACAGAGCCAAGAUCAAGCGGCUGGCGGCUGUGUCGGCCUGGGUGCAAGGAACCAAGAAGCCCUCCAAAUGGAGGAAGCGUGUCAACAAGUUCUUCUUGUUCGAGGAGAGCAACUGCUUCACCGGGAUGCCCCCACAAAGCAGUGGCAGUGGUGGGGAAGAAGGAGCCGGCGGGAAGAAGGAGCAAAAACCACCGGUGGUGGCCUUGACGGAGGCAGACAAAGUCUUGAUGGUACUUUCGGACAUGUCACUGCUAGCUGCCGCCAAGGACCUGGUGGCACGAAACAAGGCUGGCAAGGUGGAGGAUGUUCUGCCGCCUCUACCCGUCGCCGAGAAGGCGUUGCCGCGCUGGCUGCGCAGUGCAUUCGCCUUCAUCUACACCAGAGCUACCGUGGUUGUCACUCCUCUCUACCUGCUCUACCAUCUGUUGGUGGUCCCUAUCCUGCACAUGGCCGCCCUGGCGCUAUUUGCGGCGAGCGACAAGCACCCGUAUCGGCGCGCCGACGUGAAGAUAACCUACAUCAUCCUGUGCCUCACCGCGGCGCUGGAUGUCCUGGCGGUGUUCAUCCGGCAGCUGUUGUACCGGCUCAUGUCCAUGACAAAGGUCCCAGCCUUGUGCGAGACGGUACCCGGCUAUAACCUCGUCGACGCGGCGCUUCGGGAGGGCGACAAGAGCGUCGGGUGGAUAUGCAAGUGUGCCAGGCGCAUGGGCUUCAACUGCAAGGGUGGAUGUCUUUCUUGCAGGCCUCAACUUGGUCAACUGUACAAGAAGGUGGCACAGACAGUGAUCGCGGAUCUGGUGGAUGCGCAGGACCGUGACCUUGCCAGUUACAGGAUCUUGGACUCCAACAACUGGGCUCUCAGUGAGGAGCUGCAAGGGCACUGUGGCGAGGAGAUAAAAGAAAGCUUGCGCGUCUCGUUUGACCGGAGUGUCCUCCUAUGGCACAUGGCCUCCGACCUUUGCUUCCGCUGCAUUGACGAUGCUGCCUUGGUCGAUGAUGGUAGUAAACAGAAAGGAGGAGAAGGAGGAGGAGGAGAAGAAAAAGAUGAAGAAUCAGGAGCAGAAGCAGCAGAAGGAGGAGGAGGAGCAAAAGAAAUAGAUGAAGGAUCAGGAGCAGAAGCAGCAGCAGCAGAAGAAGAAGGUGCAGCUGUAGAAGAAGAAGAAGCAACAGCAGAACAAGAAGAACGGAAGAGUAGGGACAGCAGGGAAGCUGCAGCUGUAGAAGAAGAAGCAACAGGAGAAGGAUCAGGAGCAUUACGGCUUCAUAUCAAGUGCACGGUUGCAAUAUCCAACUACAUGGCGCACCUGCUCAACUUCAACCCGGAGAUGUUGCUGACCGGCAGCAGGCACCAUCUCGUCUCCGAAGCCGUGGAGGAGCUCAAAUCCUUCUCUCUGUCCAAGAACAAGGACGAGCUAAGCCAGAAGGACGUCAAUGAGCUCAUUGCCGGCAUAUUGGACCGUGACACUAGUAGUAGUACGUCCCAAGAAGUUUUCCACAUCCUGGAGGCAUGCAAGCUCGCCAAGGAGCUGCUGGAGAUACGGGACCCUACGGCGCGCUGGAUGCUCAUGUACCGGGUGUGGCUGGGCAUGCUCUGCUACUCGGCGAGCAUGUGCAGGGGUUAUCUCCACGCCAAGAGCUUGGGUGAAGGUGGGGAGUUCCUCUCCUUCGUCUGGCUCGUGCUCUCGCUCAAGGGGGCCAAGAGCUUGGCCGACAAGCUGCAGAUGCCGCCGGAGGCUUCUGACACGGCCAAAUCGAACGCGCCGCCGGUUACUUGAUUCUAUUUCUUCGUGCGCUGUCGUUGAUUGAUUUCCUUGCUUGUUUUCUUUACCCUAUUUGCUUGUUUGUGUGACGCCGCGCUGCAUUUGCCCUUGCUUCUGUUUUGUGUGCUGCUUGCUUCUUGCUAGUCGAUCUUGCUGUUUAAUUUGUUGUCGCACGUGUGCCGCCAAAGAUAGACUUCUCCCGCCUCAGUGGAUAUGCCUUAAUAUUUUGCUGUAAUAAUUGUGCCUUAGACUUCUCCGGCUAAACUGGAUGUGCCUUAAUAUUUUUCUGUAAUAAUUGUGCCGACUAUCAGCCCUUAA